UGCGCGCCCCCGAGACAAGGCGAAUGCGGUAGCCUACGAAAAAACAAGCGAGCGGCGCCGGAGACACUAGAGGGGCGCAGUUUACUUCCAGCUAACAAGAUCUCAAUUUGGAGCGCACAUUUCACGCCCCGCUGGGUUGUGUUGCUGCCGGAGAGUGUUUUGGAUAUAUUCGUGGACAGAGACAAUAGGAUGCAGUGUAGACUCGGCUGUUGACUGGUCUGCAGGCUCUCCGCUUCUCUUGUCCCCAGGGGGCCCGAUUCCUGCGGUCCCCGCUCUGUCCCCGGGCUGUGUCGGGUCUACACGAACUGACGCUAUAGGAGUACACGGCUCAUCCUCGCUCGCGUUGCUCGGAUCCGCAUAGCUCAUCUCCCGACUGAGGAGAGCGCGGCAGCUACACCAUCUACUAGCAAGCGGUCUCUCCUUGCCCCGCCCACACCAUCCUGUCACCAUGGUGCUUUCCCAACGGCAACGAGAUGAACUAAAUCGAGCCAUAGCUGAUUAUCUGCGUUCCAAUGGAUACGAAGGAGCAUAUUCCACGUUCAAGAAGGAGGCAGAAUUAGACAUGAAUGAAGAAUUGGACAAGAAGUAUGCUGGCCUUUUGGAAAAAAAAUGGACUUCAGUCAUCAGAUUACAAAAGAAGGUUAUGGAACUUGAAUCUAAACUGAACGAAGCAAAGGAGGAAAUCACCCUGGGUGGACCAGUUAGUCAAAAGCGAGACCCCAAAGAGUGGGUUCCACGUCCUCCAGAAAAGUAUGCACUGAGUGGCCACCGCAGUCCUGUUACCAGAGUCAUCUUCCACCCAGUCUUCAGUGUGAUGGUGUCUGCUUCAGAGGAUGCAACAAUAAAGGUGUGGGACUAUGAGACCGGAGACUUUGAACGCACACUUAAGGGCCACACAGAUUCCGUGCAGGACAUCUCUUUUGACCAGACUGGAAAACUACUUGCAUCUUGCUCUGCCGACAUGACUAUCAAGCUGUGGGAUUUCCAAGGUUUUGAGUGCAUCAGGACUAUGCAUGGACAUGACCACAAUGUGUCAUCAGUAGCCAUUAUGCCCAAUGGAGAUCACAUAAUUUCUGCCUCAAGGGACAAAACUAUGAAGAUGUGGGAGGUGGCAACUGGUUACUGUGUGAAGACCUUCACUGGCCACAGGGAGUGGGUGCGCAUGGUGCGACCCAACCAGGAUGGCACUUUGGUUGCCAGCUGCUCCAAUGAUCAGACGGUGCGCGUGUGGGUUGUAGCCAACAAAGAGUGCAAAGCUGAACUCCGGGAGCAUGAGCAUGUGGUGGAGUGCAUUUCGUGGGCGCCAGAGAGCGCUUAUUCCACCAUACUUGAUGCCACUGGUUCUGAGAGCAAGAAAAGUGGUAAAUCAGGCCCUUUCCUGCUGUCUGGCUCCAGAGACAAAACUGUCAAGAUGUGGGAUGUUAGCAUAGGCAUGUGCCUUAUGACACUGGUCGGCCAUGACAACUGGGUGCGUGGCCUCCUUUUCCACCCGGGAGGCAAGUUUAUUGUGACCUGUGCAGAUGACAAGACCUUAAGGAUCUGGGACUACAAGAACAAGCGCUGCAUGAAAACCCUGAGUGCCCAUGAUCACUUUGUUACCUCUUUGGAUUUCCACAAGACUGCUCCUUACGUGGUCACUGGGAGUGUAGAUCAGACGGUAAAAGUGUGGGAGUGCCGCUGAAUAGGACCUCCAAAGAUUGGACCAGCACCCAGAUGGUCUUCUGGAUCCUGCCCCCCACCCCCCACACCCCCUUCCCUCACCCUGUCAUUCUCCCCAACCCCCCUCUCACCUAAGCUAAACUUCACCCGCACAUCUUCAUCUCCUUCGGCUGCACCUGCCACCAUGGUUACUUACUCAUUGCGCUCUCUGGUCUAAUAAUCUCUGCCCCUCUAUGUAAAUUAUUCCUGGAUGUAGAUCAAGCUAUUAAAUGUUACACAAAAAAAGUAUUCUUGCAUGGUAAUCAAAACUUGUAUACUGUAAAUUUGCAUAACGUCUAGAAGUACCAUAGGUUUAACACAGGGCUGGCCGUCUGUCACGCAGCCUUACUGACCAACCGAAGGCAGAUGUUUUUGAUGUAGGGCACUAAAAAAUAAUUUAAGAAAUGACAGUGUCUUUAUGUGUAAGAUUACUUUUGGCUAUUUUUUUUUUUUUUUUUUUUUUUUAAGAACUUUUGUCUCCCUCUUUCUCGCUCUCCUUUCCUGUCCUAGUCUGAUGGCACCUAGCUUGGUAAAACCUUCGAGCGAUCAGGCAGAAAAAGCGUAUAUGGUGAUACUGUCUGUCGGCCUUUGUUAUGAAAAUAAUCUGUAGCUUUAUACCAUCACUUCUCAAAUGUGCAUACCAUUUCUCUUCAUGUGGAGCUUGCUCAUAUUUUAAUGGUUGUAUAUACCAAUCUUGCAAACUGUUGUCCUUGGACCUCGGGGUGGGGAGCUUUGACUCUUGUCAUAUGAACAAAUAUUAGGCUUUAGUUGAAAUAUCCCAUUAAGUACAGCACUGAGCUAUUCGUUAAAGUUUAGUGGAGGCUGUCGGUGUGCGUGCCUGAGUGGAGAUCAGGGAUUACGCCAAUUUCUAAUCUUCAGCACUUGAUAAUAAUGACAUUGUCUCCUUUGCGUUUUCUGUGACCUUCCCUUUGCCCCUCAACUCCCAGCCAUUUUGCCCUACUACCGUAGGGUAUUUGUGUAAUAUAGGAAGGAUGUAUAGACUAACGAUACUUAGUUGUCGCUUGGCGCGUCUAAAGACUACAAACAUGAACCUUCUCUUGCAAAAAGAGGAAAGGAAAAAACAUGACAAGUCAAUGUGCUCUCCCAGGUUUGAUAUUUGGGAUAUGCAAUAUCGUAAUUUCUGAGGGGUGAAAAGCAUGUUCUGCUCAAUAAAAAUAAGUUGAAUCGGUUUUCUGUGAAAAUAUGAACUGUAAAUUUAGCUAGUUAAGCCAUUUGGCAGUUUUGUAAUGUUGUGGUGAAAGAUGAGCUGAAUAGAAGUGGGGGUAGUUUUGGACUGUGGAGAAAGUGUUAGCAGCGAACAUGCUAAGUCACGUUCAAGCUUCAUAUGUUCUCUGUAAUAUGAGCAUCUUUAUUGAGCAGCCCCACAAACCACUUGACGUGUUUCUGAGUGGCAUUCUUCUCAAGGUUAAUUUUAACUGGGAAGAAUGUCUGAUAGAUUGGGAUUAAAAAAAAAAAAAAUCCACCAAUCAUUCCUUUCCCACUUGUAGGACAUGAAAUGAAACAUCAACCGAACAGUGUUGGUUCAUUAGUCUUGCGCAUCCCCGUUUACGCUAAAUCUUCAACUCUAUUGUUCAAAGACGAAUUCACUGUUGCUAAUUGCAUAAACCUAUAAUUUUCCAAGUGCAGUUCUCCAUUGCUUCAAUAAACUCAUUAGCUUCUUUGCGACAUUUUUUUCUUUUCACGUGUGUACUGGAUGUGGUGCUCUGCUGCUGAAGCUCCUCGCGGUGUAAAAUGUGACCUGUUGAUAUACGGUAUAGCGCUGCUGCACGGUAAUCUACAUCAGGGGCUGAAGUGGUCUUAACACAUUAAGGUACAUAGUGGCUUAACAGUGACAGCGGCAUGACAGGUGUUGAGAAAAGGAUGCUCAGUAUGUCUAGACCACUCAAUCCCUCUUGUAGAAUGGACUGAUUUAUUGUGAGUGUGGCUCUUCCCCCCCUCCUACCUUUUUUCCCCAAGGGGGUUUCUACACUUUCAAACAUUUCGUCAGACCAGGUUGAUCCAAAGGAGAAACCUCUUUUAGGGAAUGUUACAGCUAUCCCUUAGGUAUCUUCUGCCUGACUUUGUAGUAGAAAAUUUGGAAUGAUAAUGGCAAAGUAUUGUGUUCAAGCUGAUACCAAAAAAUGUCUACAUUCUGGUUUAGCCAAGAAACCAGCCUUUAGUCCAUUUAGUCCAUUAUUGCCACCAAUUUUAGAAAAUAUGCUCUCACCCUCAGGGCCACACUAUGACAUGUCAGGCCUUAGACUAUUCCUCCAGUGAUUUUAAAUUAAAAAUGUAAAAUAAAACAUUGAUGACAUUUGGGGGGCUCUUUUUCUAAUUUAUGGAUCACAGCUACUGUGUUGUAUGCAAGUGUUUCUCCUUUCCCAAGCAAUUAUUUUGCUCUCUGGUCUGGCUUGAGUGGCCUGACUUGAGUUUUUGCUGUCUGUGUGUCAUUUCUGCCUCAAGUCAACCAGUCCUCUCUAACAUGCGUGUGAACCUCAUUGAGGGCUUCAGACUGCACAACAAGCUCUUACUUGAGAGUUCAUGAUGUUUUCACCACUAUGGUCUCACUCUUCACGCUACAAACUGUUAACAAUAUACCUGGAUGUCAAUUAUUGUUUGCAAUAUAAUAAAAACAAAUCUGCAUAUUUGAG